UUUCUCUCUCUCUCUCUCUCUCUAGAUUGCUAGCCAUGAACAUAAAAAACAGUUCUACUAGUACUAAGGAGAAGAAGGAUAAGAAGAUGAUGAUCAUGAGGGGCUUCAUGUGCCAGUCUCCGGCAGCGACCGCCGUUUGUAUGAGUAGAGCCGAUGCUCGCUCAGUUAUGGUGCCUAGAAGAUCAUCCACUAGUAGUCUUAAUAAUAAUUUUGAUAUUACUUUCAAUCGCACACACUACACAAGAUCACUGCUCAACAGCAACAAAUACUACUACUCCAGGCUCCUCACUUCUCCUCCUCCUCCUCAUCAUGUUCAUGAUCAUGGCAAAAUAUCGCCCUUAUUAAUUAUGCCGUCCACCAGCAAACAAGUAGGAGCUGAUCAUCAUCAUGAUCUUCUUCCUCUUACCCAUCAGCAGCCAAUGUCCUCAAAGACGAUCGAAAAAAGACCGUCCUCUCAUUCCGAUUCAGUCCGGCCUUCAUCCGCCGACGACAAUGUAUUUCAGGUGGUUGUUAUGAGAGUUUCUAUUCACUGUCAAGGAUGUGCUGGUAAAGUGAAGAAACAUCUUUCUAAAAUGGAAGGAGUUACAUCAUUCAGUAUCGAUCUAGAGACAAAGAUGGUAACAGUUAGAGGACACGUGUCACCAUCUGCAGUGAUGGAAAGCAUUUCAAAAGUGAAAAAAGCAGAGUUAUUACCCUCUUGAAUCCAUUCAUUCUAAGGUUACCCCAUAUGGAAGCAAAAGUGGAUCCAAUUUUAAUAUUUGCCAUUACCUCCGUUGUGGGUAAAACAUUCCAAAAGGUGGUCCUCCAUAAACAAUAAAAGAGGCCAUGGGGGUGUGUUUUUUGUGUUGGUGUGUUUGAUCAUCAUGUGAGCUGUAGCCAUAUUGAUGGUGAUGUGUAUUCCUUUUCCUAUCGCCAAUUCGAAGUGAUGUUGAUGUAUCAUAGUUAGAAUUACAAUAUGCUACUGGACCCA